ACUAUUUUGGUAAGUAAUAUUGAACGCAUUGGACAAACCUUUUUUAUGUGGAAAUAAGUAACAACUAAUACAUCGAAAAGCAAAUGUAAGUAUCUUACAAAUCAUGCAAAAACUGCAAAAGCCUUUGACCAGUUACAAGAUUUCCAUUCUUUAUUGUUCUGUUACACCAAAGAAGUGGUUAAUUAGUGGUAAAUUCGCUUGCUUUCCUUACGUUAUGUUUACACCAGCACAUAUUCCGUUCUUUCGUUGAUAAAAAGCCGUGAUGUUUAGAAGCAAAAAGAACAAUUAGGGGUGACUUUCUGUUCACUUAUUUGAAACGUUUUAGCUAUCAAACAGAUGUUUAUCAGUUGUUCAUGUAGAGUUCACAAAUCAAUAAAAGUUAUUAAAAAAGAAAGAAAAAUUACCUGAAUUACCUUCAAUAUCAAACACAGUUUUUUCAAACAGAAUGGCAGAAUGUGACCUAACUUAAAUUAUUAGGCAGAAUUUUCCGCAUUAUAUAACGAAAUUAUAAAAAAUUUAAUAUUCUUCCUAAAGGAGCUCUUUUAAUAAGGGCAUAAAUUCACGUCGUUUUUUAUCUACUAGCAUCUCACUAAGAUCACUAAAGUCAGUGACAAUAAAUUUAUUGUCCAUUCUUUAUAUAUUAAUACUAGCACUUUUAAGAUAGUUGCAUGCGUAUCCUAUAUCAGUAACAUCUAAGAAAGUUUUUAAAUUGUAGGAAAUGAGGUAGACUUUUUCAAGUAAAAUGGCUCUAUCAGAAAAAGAGUUGACUUCAUUAUUGGAGUGCAAGAUCUGCUUAGAAACAUAUGAAAAACCAAAACAUCUUAAUUGCGGGCAUUCAUUUUGUCAGGAAUGCUUAGAUGGCAUUCUGAAGUUUGAAGUUGAUGGAAGUGCUCAGAUUAAGUGUCCAUUAAGAUGUUCCAAAAAGACAAUGAUAGAUCAAAAGGAGACAACAUCGUAUUUGUCAACUAACUUUGGUUUGACUUGCAUUUUGGACGAAAUAAACAAAGACAAAAAGUCAGUUGGACGUAUGAUCAACGCACUAUGUCAACAGAACAAAAAGUGUGCACGGCCCAUCAGUUUAUCUUGCAGAUGCUGUGGUGUGCAAAUCUGUGACCAAUGUAAAGAUGUGCAUACUUGCAAAAAAGCAUCGUUUACUGACGUGAGCUUCAAUGAGAAGUUGCAGGAAGUCCAACCACUGUGUAAGGAACAUAACUCCCUUGCUAGAUUCGUCUGUAUCGACUGUGAUAACAAGUUUACUUGUGUGUACUGCACACAACGAUCACAUAAAAAUCACGUCAUUAAAUCUGUCGCUGAAUUUGGUUCAGAAGCUAAAAAUUGGUUUAGAUCUUUUAUAACAUCCUUUGAAGACACAAAAACGGUAUUGGAGAACUUAUCAAGAACGUACGAGGAGGCUUUUUGUAAAUUUACAAAUGAUAGAAAAUUGCUUGUUUGUGAGUUGGAAAAAAGAAAAUUGAAACAUUUGCAAUUAUUUAUUAAAACAUUAAAUAUAGAAAAAAAGAAUCUGUUGCUGGAAUUUGACAAUAAAUUUGAAGAAUUUAAAGCAAAAGUUAUCAUGGAAGGUUACACAAAUAAUGCUGAAAUAAACAAAGCUUCAGGUUAUGUUAAUGCUUUUGAGUCUAAGUCAAACUUCCAACUAGUAUCAGAAAAAGUAGAAAUUGAACGAAGACUUCGCAAGCUACCUAACCUUCCAACUACUAUUCCGUGUUUCAAUUCUCAUCUACCCGUUUUAAAUAAUCUGGACUUGUUAACAUUGGGUGAUAUGACAAUUUCUAUUGAUGACAUAAAUACUGCCAGUCCAAAUGAUGGUGAAAGAGAUAUUUACAAAAGUUGCAUCACUGAAACAGUGAUGAAUUUAAACCAUUUGGAAUUAAAAUGCAAUUUGGUUGAAAUCCUUUGUGAGAAUAGGAAAUUAGCUGAUAGUGGUUCUGUAACAGAAAUAAAAUGUGAUGUGUACAAGGAAAAAAAACCGACGGUUAAAAUGACUAACACUUACGCAGAACUACACCAACUCAUUAAAGAUGGCGAAGUCAAAAAGCUGCAAUUAUUACUAACAAUUGAUCCAGCUAUUGUUGAAAUGAGAGAUGAUUUUGGAAAUACACUCUUGAUGGAAGCUGCACGCUACAAGAAUGUGUUAGUAGUAAAGAAUCUAAUAGAUUUCGGUUGUAAUGUAUAUGCUGCAAAUGGUUGUAAUGGAACUGUUUAUCAAAUUAGCGCACGCGAAGGUAAUCAUGAUGUUUUGCAAAUGCUAAUUAAUUAUGACGCCACAAAUGUAAAUAAUGUAGACUAUUCCAACCUAACACUAUUACAUUAUGCAUCUACAUUUGGUCGCACUGACUGUGUUAAAUUACUGUUGUCAGUACCACAUAUUGAUGUCAAUAUACAAGACCAGGAGAGGAAUACAGCAUUACAUCUAGCAUGUUAUCACAGUCAUGUUGAGUGUGUUAAGUUACUGUUAUCUAUGCCACGUAUUAAUGUGGACAUGCGAAAUUGUUGGAAUAAACGUGCUUAUGAUGUUUCUUGGAACGCUACCAUCAAAAAAUUGUUGCAAGGACAUAAGUAAAAGUAACAUUUUUACUCUGUUUUAUUAAUUGUAACCCUUACGUGUUUAAUUGAAACAACUAGGGGAAAUAGUGUAGCACCUCUAUUGAAUUAAUUUUAUAAAGUAUAUUAGGGGUUUUAGCACGGAGAAAAACAGCUUAAAAAAUCGGGGACCUUGGAUAAGAUCCCGCCUCAAUGAUAUUUAUCU